UACAAUACCCGACUCACCUGCCCCAACCUCAACCGGAUCCAAAUAUCACUGGAUCCGAGCCCAAUUUACUCGACUUUGCUUUGACUGUGUCAUAAUCGGACCUGGCCAUUUCGACCCGCCCCAGAUGAGCUUUGUCUCACAUUUGAAUUGAAUUCAUCGUUCCUCUUCCCUAACGUUGAACUCUCUCUCUGAUCACAACCACAGACUCAGAGAGAGCGAGAGAGAGACUAGAGAUGUCUCUGAAGGCGUCGAGUUCGGGCAAGAAUUUGAUACUGCCAGUAUCGGAUUCUCCAAGAGACCUGGAGAGAGAGAGACUCGUCGGAGACGAUAACGAUGAGAAGCUUUUCAGAGGAUCCGCCAUGACCAGACGUGGAGCCUACGCUGCAAUCUCUUACAUGGCCUGCGCAGUGUUAUUGGUGAUGUUCAACAAAGCAGCUCUCUCUUCUUAUAAAUUUCCGAGUGCAAAUGUUAUCACACUCUUUCAGAUGAUAUGUUCAUGUGGUUUUCUCUAUGCCUUGAGACGGUGGAAGAUGAUUUCUUUCACCGUAGGUGAAUCUUUGACCAUUUCUGAUGACAAUAUCACAACACUUGUACCGUUAAAGACAUUGAAGAAAACCCUUCCUCUUGCCGGAGCCUAUUUGCUGUACAUGCUAGCCUCCAUGGAGUCUGUCCGUGGAGUAAAUGUUCCCAUGUACACCACCCUCAGGAGGACUACUGUGGUAUUUACAAUGGUUAUGGAGUAUAUUUUGGCUGGCCAAAGAUAUACAUCUCCUAUUGUUCGAAGUGUUGGACUGAUCGUUCUUGGUGCAUUCAUUGCCGGAGCUCGGGAUUUGUCAUUUGAUGCCUAUGGCUAUGCUGUUGUUUUCUUAUCUAACAUCACAACAGCAGUAUAUCUUGCAACCAUAGCCCGUAUUGGGAAAUCCAGUGGCCUUAAUAGCUUUGGCCUUAUGUGGUGUAAUGGAGUCAUAUGUGGGCCGGCUUUGCUGUUUUUGACUUUUAUUCGUGGUGACUUGAAGACGACAAUCGAUUUUCCUUAUCUGUUUUCACCUGGUUUUAUGGCUGUCUUGCUUUGUUCCUGUAUACUGGCAUUCUUCUUGAAUUACAGCAUAUUCCUGAACACAACUCUAAAUUCAGCGCUCACACAGACAAUUUGCGGCAACUUGAAGGAUUUUUUUACCAUUGGACUUGGCUGGAUGCUAUUCGGUGGCCUUCCAUUUGAUAUUUUGAAUGUUAUUGGGCAAUUUCUGGGUUUCCUUGGCUCUGGAUUGUAUGCCUACUUUAAGCUCAUAGGGAAGUAACCUUUUCAACAAAUGGCUGGUUUUCUCCGCCGAAGAUGAUUAGUUGCUGCUGCCCUUGUUUCGGCCACCAAUUUUGAUUUUUUGAUUAUGGGGCUACUAGAAGUGAGAUGUGACACUGUUAAUACAGAAGAUUUCCGCGCAGCGGAUUUAACUCAAAACUGGAAACUAGGCCUGCUACUUUUGCCCUGUAAUUAUUCUUCCAUAUGGAUAGGUGUUAGAAACAAUGGUGGCAAUUUGGCAUUGAGAGCUGCUUGCUCAUCUAAUAUAUUUUUUUUUAAAAGCUA